AUGACUUCUAAACUUCUGUGCCUCCCACCGGAGGAGCAGCUGGAACUCAACCAGCCUGUUCGCUUCUCCGUCCGAUUCAAUCCAGACCUCAUCCAACUUACACAGCAGAAGCUCAAGCUUGCUCGAUUCCCGCUCGAGCAGAGCGACUUUGGGGCUGACGACUGGUCGCAAGGCGCAAAGGUGGACAAGGUGCAAAGACUGGUUCAGUACUGGCUUGAUGAAUACGACUGGGAAAGGCAAGAGAAAUUCCUCAACGACACGUUUAAGCAUUACGUCGUGAAGCUUCAAGUGCCUGGCUAUGGACUCCUAGUCUUGCAUUUCACACACGCGAAAUCGUCCAGCCCAAAUGCCACACCGCUCCUCUUUUCGCAUGGGUGGCCGGGGUCUUUCGUAGAGGCAUCCAAGGUCGUCGGCCAGCUCAGCAAUCCCAAGAACCCGAACGAUCCGCCCUUCCACGUCGUCGCGCCCUCCAUCCCGGGAUUUGGUUUCUCUCCCGCUCCAACCAAGUCAGGACUGGGCCCAGAGGUCACGGCCCGGGCAUUCAAGAUUCUUAUGACAGACGUGCUGGGAUACAAGUGGUUCGUCACCCAAGGCGGUGACUUUGGGUCUUUCAUUACCAGGUCAAUCGCCCUCCAAUUUCCUCACGUCGUUCGCGCUCAACACCUGAACAUGUUCCCCGUACCACCUCCGACGCUGUUCUCUGCCCCCCUAGCCUACCUUCGUUGGUGCCUCUCUGAAGUUCUCUACUCUGAUUUUGAGAGGGAAGCGGUUCGUUUCAGGCGCAAUUUCGAAACAGACCAGAGCGGCUACCUGGAGCAGCAAAAGACGAGGCCUCAAACGCUAGGCUUCGCGUUGGGCGACUCUCCUAUCGGUUUGCUGGCUUGGUUCGUUGAGAAGUUCCAUGACUGGGGUCAUGUUGAAGAGGCCUUUGAUCCCGAACUUGUGAUAACCCUCGUUGUCAUGCAUUGGAUACAAGGGGCGACUCCCGCGCUAAGGUUCUAUCGUGAGGCUUUUGGCACCCGGCGUGAGGCGGAAAAGACCUUUGAGGCGUACGUCAACUGCCCGACUGGCGUUAGCAUGUAUGCCAAGGAACAGCUACAUUGUCCAAAGGAUUGGGCUCAGCAAGCUGCCAAUAUCCAGUACUGGAGAGAGUACGGCACUGGGGGUCACUUCUCGUCGCUUGAGUGUCCGAAAUUGUUUAUUCAGGACAUGAGGGUGUUCUUUUCUUCCAAUGCCGUAAAGAUGUCCAUUAAGAAGGUGUCAGGUGGUUAA